AUGGGUUUGUUAUCAAUACCGUAUCAGUCGAAAUCAAAACUAUGGAUAGCCAUUUUUUUAGUGGUAUGGAGUUUGAUAUCUAUGCAUUUUAUUUGGCAAUCACAAGCCAAUUCUGGAUUAAUACUAAAAAAUGAAUUAUCACUGACAUCAAGUAUCCCCCAUGAGUUUGAAAUGUUAAUAGACACAAAUUAUCCCAAGUUUAAACCUACUCUGGGUCAUUCAGGCUCACAAACGUAUCUGAAUCUUUUCAAAAACCAAGAUCGUAACGCAGCCAUAUUCACCAUCUUGAAAAAUUUUGAUUUGGAACAACGAUGCCAACUAUAUUUCAAAAAUGUCAAAAAUGAUAAAUUAAUUGUUGAUCCUGAUCAUGAUUUUAAGUUUGAUAGAUUUGAUUAUUUGAAUUGGGAUGAAUAUAGAGAUGAAUCCAUUAAGAGGUUGAAAGGUGAUAAUGAUGAAUUUGUUGCAACCAGUAGUGAUUUGGAUACCAUAAAGAAAAACUUUGAUAAAGCAAAAUCUAGAAUAGCCUCAGACUUACAAUUAUUACAUGACUAUUUCUCACACAUAAAAAUUUACAACCAAUGUUAUAUUGACAGAAAUACGUCAUUUAUCAAGAAACAACAUGAAUUAAUUGAUGGAUUGAAUUGGAAAACUUCAUUUAAAAGGUCAAGUUUUCUAUCAGGGAAACAAAUAGUCACAGAGCAGCAAAUGUACCCAUGGUUAUCACAAAAAUCACCUGAAUAUAAUUGUUUGGCAACUGGUCAAACUACCAAAUUUGCAGCAAACAAAAACUCAUUUUUAAAUACCUUAAAGAACAAUCUUAAUGGCAAGGGGAUAGUAAUGACAAUUGCUGAUGCCCAUAUAGACUAUUGUAUAAGACUUAUUCAUUUGUUAAGAUACCUUAAAAACACACUUCCAAUUCAAAUCAUCUACACCAGCAAUGACUUAUCAGCUGAAUCCAAAUCCCAGCUUCACCAAGCAAGUGUAUCAGAUUUUGACGGGUUACCACAGCAAAACAUAACUUUAGUUAAUGUCACACCAGCCAUAAAACCACAGUAUUUGCAUAAAUUUAAUGAGUUUGGGAAUAAAAUUUUGGCCAUCUUGUUUAAUACAUUUGAAGAAAUGAUUUUCAUUGAUGCUGAUGCAAUUUUGAUUGAAAACCCAGAAAAGUUUUUCCAAUUAACCAAAUAUAAAAAUUCUGGAGCACUAUUCUUUAGAGAUCGAAACACAUCCGAAUAUCGACCAGAUCAUGACAUAGAAAUGUUCUUAAAACUAAUGAACAGUCAAUAUGAUGAAAUAAUAUUUGGGUUACUCCAAAUUACCGAAAAAACCAUGUCUAUCCCUUUAUUUGAUAGGAAAAUAAGUCAUGUUAUGGAAAGUGGAUUAGUGUUGCUCAAUAGGAAAGUCCAUUUUUCUCAACCACUUAUCAUGGCAAAUAUGAAUUUUUUUGAACCAAUACGUGAAAGAGUUUAUGGUGAUAAGGAAAUGUUUUGGUUAUCAUUAUCAAUUAUUGGUGAUGAAAAUUAUCAAUUUAAUAGUCAUCCAGCAGCAGCUAUUGGUCAAUUAACAACUUAUCAAGAAAGAGUAAAAACAUUUGAAAACCCACCGUCAUCCUUUAAAUCCCAAGAAAUAUGUGCCAAUCAUCCUGCUCAUAUAAGUGAUGAAGAUAAUCAUACAUUACUUUGGUUCAAUUCGGGAUUUCAAUUUUGUAAUCAAUUGGAGAAAGUGAAUUAUGAAGAUGAGUUUUCUCACAAAGAAAGAUAUUCUCAGUUUGACACGAUCGAUAAAUUUAAAACGUUUUGGCAAAGUUCUUUGGUUAUUGAAAGUGCAAUUAUCCCACCGGAAAACACAAAUAGUAAUGGAGGGGAUGGCUACGAACCUUCUGUUUCUUGGAAACAUAUGGAACCAUAUUGUGCAGGGUAUACGUGGUGUGCAUACAGUUCAAUAGGAAAUGGAGAUCAGGCCAAUGAUAGAGGGUUAGUAAUUAAUUAUUCACCAGAGGAAAUAGAACAUUUUAAAAAGCUUGGGGAGAUAUGGAUGAGGGGAUAUAAUUAUUUAUAG